CCUCUCCGGGUAAACAGCGAUGGCCGCCGAGGAAGGAGGUGGCGAGCCCCAUAACAACAUGGGGAACCACCUACAGCUGGUGCCCGCAGAGAGUGAGGAAGAGGAGGACAAUGCAAUGGAAGUUGAAGAUCAAGAUAGUAAAGAAGCUGAAAAGCCGAACAUCAUUAAUUUUGAUACCAGUUUGCCAACAUCACAUGUGUAUUUAGGCUCUGAUAUGGAAGAGUUUCACGGAAGAACGGUGCAUGAUGAUGACAGCUGUCAGGUGAUUCCAGUGUUGCCCCACGUGAUGGUGAUGUUGAUUCCUGGACAGACGUUACCCCUUCAGCUUUUUCGCCCUCAAGAGGUUAGCAUGGUGCGGAAUUUAAUUCAGAAAGACAGAACAUUUGCUGUUCUUGCAUACAGUAACGUACGUGAAAGGGAAGCACAUUUUGGAACAACAGCAGAAAUAUAUGCCUACAGAGAAGAGCAGGAAUAUGGAAUUGAAACGGUCAAAGUGAAAGCAAUAGGAAGACAGAGGUUCAAGGUGCUUGAAAUAAGAACCCAGUCAGAUGGAAUCCAGCAGGCUAAAGUACAAAUCCUUCCUGAGCGAGUGCUGCCUUCAACAAUGUCAGCAGUACAGCUGCAGUCUCUCAGCCGAUGCCAUGUAUUUCCUUCUUCGAAACCUACAGCGUGGCAGGACCGAGCUAUACGUCAAUGGUGGCAGAAAUAUCAAAAGAGGAAGUUCCACUGUGCAAGUUUGACAUCUUGGCCUCCCUGGCUCUACUCUCUAUAUGAUGCUGAAACCUUGAUGGAAAGAGUCAAGAGGCAGCUACAUGAAUGGGAUGAAAAUCUUAAAGAUGAAUCUCUUCCAACAAACCCAAUAGAUUUUUCUUACAGAGUUGCUGCUUGCCUGCCAAUUGAUGACGCAUUACGUAUACAGUUGCUUAAAAUAGGUAGUGCUGUUCAGCGACUCCGGUGUGAAUUAGAUAUUAUGAACAAAUGUACAUCUCUUUGCUGUAAGCAAUGCCAAGACACAGAAAUAACUACCAAGAAUGAAAUAUUCAGUUUAUCCUUAUGCGGACCCAUGGCAGCAUACGUGAAUCCUCAUGGGUACAUCCACGAAACUCUUACUGUGUAUAAAGCCUCCAAUUUGAAUCUCAGUGGACGACCAUCAACAGACCACAGCUGGUUUCCUGGGUAUGCCUGGACUAUAGCCCAGUGCAGAAUCUGUGGGAAUCAUAUGGGAUGGAAGUUCACAGCUACCAAAAAGGAUAUGUCCCCUCAGAAAUUCUGGGGUUUGACACGAUCUGCUCUCCUGCCUCGGAUCCCAGAAACAGAGGACGACUCGGGCCACGAUAGAUCACCGUUACUCUGCCUGUAACCUCGCACCCUGCUUUGGAGAUGAACAGACAGCGGUCUGUCUCUUAAAUGCAUCUGCUCCGUUCUGCUUCUGAUGCUUACUUAAACUCGAAAAACCCAAGAACCCACACCCACAAACCAACCAGACAAGCGGGCUCGCUACGUUUGGGUUUGGCGUGCAUCCAUCACCGGUGUUUCAGGCGCGCUGAGGACUGAAGGUUGAAUCUUUUGAAAUGACGGCUGGGGAGCAAAGGUGGCAUGAGACACCAGGAAAUCGAUCUGAUCCAUCUGGACAGACAUGAGACUGAACUUUCUCCUACCUUGUAUAAUUUCAGAAAAUGUUUACUGGUAUCAACUUGCAGCAAAAGAAGGUGGGGGAAGCUAAAAGUAGAAAUAAACAGUAUAAUUUAUGCAAUAUAUGUAUGAUGGUAAGAUACCAGUUACUUGCUGCGAAAUAUUUUCUGUAAUAUACUUAAAAGUGAUUUUGCUGAGAAUCCCUGUUUCUAACUGUGUGGAAUACUUCAAACUUUAUGCUCGUGCUGUUUCUCAGCUAUUCGCUGAAUAACCAUCACGGGGAGUACAAGACUGAAGUAUCUCUUCUGGCCGCUGCUGCAUUGGUAAUGGCAGUGGCAGUGCCGUAUCUGGCAGAAGCGAGAGCUGCCCGCAGCAGCCGCUGCCUUACAAGAUGCCCUUUGAGGGAACCCAUGUGAAGGACUCGGUCCUUACACCUUGUCUCAUCUAUUUAGUCUAUUUGACUUUAGAAGUCUUAAAUUUUAAACUAUUUAUACAACAUACACAGGUCAGUCCCAGAACGUAAACUACAUUGUCAUUUACUGUUGAAUGUGCUUAUACUUACUUCUCAAAAUUAUUUCUGUGAAGAUUAGUUUGCCAGCAUCCAUGUCCAGGGUUCUGUGAAGUACUCUCUAAAAUACCUAACUAUGGAGAUUUUUAGUAGUACUUGUUUUGACAAGGGGGAGGCAACAUCUCUUUAAUUUUUUUCUUUCACACUUUUAUAUCAUAAAGUAAAAUUUCACAUUAUCACCAUUACUUUGCAAAGAACAAAAGUUUCUAAAUAGAACAGAAAUAAAAGGCAGUGCACUUUUUUGUCUGAAGUGCUGGCUAUGCUACAGGAAUCAGCUGCCAAAACGGGGCAGCUUUUGCCACUGAUUUAUUGAGGGUUUUUCCCUCAGAAUGCACUUUGGUGAUGGAAACUGAAGAUUUCUUCAGCAUGUUUGUGUACAUACGCAUUUGUUCUUUUUUUGCAGCUUUAUCCUUCACUCUGUUUUGUCACGGUAAAUCUUUGAGAACUUGCUUUGUUAGAUACAAUGGCACUUAACAUUUGAGGCAGCAGCCCCUAUUAGCUUGUCCUCAAGCACGGCCCUACACCAAACGUAGGUAGCACGGCCCGAUGACUUCUGUGAGCGGCUCCAUCAGACCUCUCUGCCAGCAGGUGAUUUCAGUGGUAGCGUGGUGCCGCUGCGGUGCAGGUGUGAAAAGGCACCAGGUGCUGGAAGGCUCUUAGUGUGGUUUAUCGUGCGCGGUAUGUAGAAACUAAUGGUUGUGUAACUCAGGUUUAGUUCUUUGAAGUCCUCCUACCUCUGUUCUUCUGCGAUAACUUUUGUUCUCUCCAUAGACGUCUUUAAUACCGUAUUUAAUUCUGCGUGCAGUGCUCUGACUUGGCAGUGAACUGUGAAAAGCAAUACUUCUUUGGAUAUAACUCUGAACAAAUAGAGGGUGACUGAUGGCUCAUUUGCUUCAAGAAAACAUUCUGUAUCUUGAUUAUGGUUCUGUAAUAAGCUUUCAAAAGGACAAACACUAGUGUGAGAGUGAGACUGUGAAACCUCUGUACUUGGAUAACCACUGAAAUCAUACUUAGCUUUCCCCUCACGCCCUGCACGUGCACACGCAGAUGUACACACAACGUACCCAUGUGUGCACAGACACAUGCAUCUCAGCUGUAGACUUGGUUUAUUUUUUUCCCCUCAAAGAUCCCUGGUAUCUGUUGUUCCCGUUACCCUCCGUAGGGCUUAUGGGUGGCAUGAAGUUUUAAGUGCUUUGAAGUACCUUCUGCUGCCGUUCGAUUUAAGUAGUCACCGAGGACAGGGUGAGUGAGGUUUUCAAAAUCGUUUUCUCAGCUAUCGCUGAACUUCAUAAGGUCUUUGGGUUUUUGGCCGAGUCUUUUGGAUUGCCUCAACUAAAAAUGGCAUUCUGCUGGCAAUGUUUGAAUACAAAAUAGGCAUAUUUUUGGUAUUGUGUAUAUAUAGUCAAAUGUAAACUAAUAUAAUCGAGAUAAGUCAGGAGUAAAUUUAGCACUAAUUUAAUUUCAUUGUUGAUGAUGCUGUUCCAUCUGCCUAACCUUCUGUGUAACGUUCGCCACUUCAAAGUCCAUGACACUUUCCAGAUUGUGAUUCAGGUUGCCGCGAAGAUGCUGAAUCCUGCCGUGGUGCAGCUGGCCCUUACAGUGCUACGUGCGUACGACUGCUCAGAACGUACAGCGUGUGGCUUUCGGGGCGGAUCUGGAGUCGUGGAUGGUUCUCUAUGUUGGUUAAUAUUCUCUAUGCUUCUUUUCUCCUUUUUGGAGAGAAAACUACUAGAUUGGGAUUGUGGAAGAUUAUUACUGACAAAUAUGGAUGUCAUAUGCUUUUGAGAGCUAAAUACAAAGGCAAUCACAUUUUACAAUAAUUUCCUAUAUUUACUACAUUCACUGAGUGGCAUGUUGCUUCAGGCAUUAAUUAAUCCGAUUGACUCGCUGGCUGCUGCAAAAAAGGUUCGUUUUUUUCUUCCUCCUCGUCUCCUCUUCCACCGCCAUCCCUGUCCUUGGUGAGAUCUGGGAUUAGGCAGUGGCGGGUGUCCCGGCUGCAGAGCGACAUCCAGGCCUGAUGGGGGGAGGAAGGGACGAACGGGCGUCUCGUAGGGAAGGAGGAGGGCUGCCCUGCGCAGCAGCAGGUCUCGGCUGGCUUGGAGCACGUGUAGCGUAGAAUUGCUCAUUUUCAAGCUGUUGUUGCAAUAGCAUAAAGACGUCAUACAAUCGGAGCCUGUAAUAUUGCAGAUUUCUGUAUCUUUUAGUUUUGAGUAGGUAGAAUCACAUAGGACACUCACACACUUGGUCUAAAACAUGUUCAAAUACUCUACCGUCUGUUUUUUAAUAACGCUGGUUUUGUAUGUGCUGCAAUUCAUUUUGUUCCUCAUUGUUUUUUCACCUUGGUUUAAUUGCUUUGUAAAAGCUGCAGAAAGGGUAGCACGUUCUUCGCUUUCACUCUUCCUCUGUCUGCCUUUUGAGACACCUUUUCAGAAAAAUCUUGUUGCUUGCAAACAUUUGCAAAGAAUAAAAAUCAAUUUCUUUCAAAACU